GGAUGAUGUUGAGGUGAGCGCAGUUUGCAACCAGUUUGUCGGAGCUCCUCCUCAAUCGUCGGAUAGGGUAUGAACAUCACAUUUGCUCAAUGAGAGCAAGGGAACACAAAAGACGGAACCGAAUUUCGACCUGGUGUGUUACGGUUGCCGUUCUAUUUACCGCUAUAUAAGAGGCUAAUAUGAAGACAUCGUUUGGCAAGCCAGACCCUGGAAAGCUUCAGGAAUACUCCCAUGUUGUUUGAAGCCCACGGCAGUACCAUGCGUUGUGUCUGGUAACAAAAACCAGCUCACCCUCUUUCCAGCCAACCAUUGAGAGUAUAGAAACACACACAGCACAGCGCAUCACAUCACAGUGAUGGGUUUGGACCAACCCUGCUUGGAUAUGGUGGUGCAAAGGCCCUUUCUGGAUGCAACUUGUAAGAGGCACCGUCACCAGAACCUGCUUAGAAAGCUGAGGCCCAUACGAAUCCUGGGUUUUGUGUUCAGCCUGGUAGCCAUAAGUGCUAUCUCCUUUUCCUUCAGCGCCUUGACAUGGAGCUCAGGGACCCACUCGGAGCUGCUCCUGCCUCAAGAGGCCCUCCUUCAGUCUGGUCCUGCUCCCCACAGGACUCUACUUUCCACUCAGCACCAGAGGGAUCCCAAUGUCUCAGCCAACAUGCCCGUGGCCAUGAGGUCUUCGGCAGACGGCAACGAGAGCCAGGGGGACUACCCCACGGACCUGUUCACUCUGGAAGAGAGGCGCCAGGGUGCUGUGGUGCUCCACAUGUUUGGGAUGCUGUACAUGUUCAUCUCUUUAGCCAUUGUGUGUGAUGAAUUCUUCGUGCCCGCUCUGACAGUCAUCACAGAGAAGCUGGCCAUCUCUGAUGACGUGGCGGGGGCCACCUUCAUGGCGGCAGGAGGGUCAGCUCCCGAGCUUUUCACUUCUGUCAUCGGCGUAUUCAUCUCCCACAGCAAUGUGGGUAUCGGAACCAUUGUGGGCUCAGCUGUCUUCAACAUUCUCUUCGUCAUUGGAAUGUGUGCCAUCUUCUCCAGGGAGAUCCUCAAUCUGACCUGGUGGCCCCUCUUCCGUGACGUCUCCUUCUACAUCAUAGGCCUGAUCAUGCUCAUAUGUUUCUUCCUGGAUAACUACAUCUCCUACUGGGAAAGUAUUGCUCUGCUCUCAGCCUAUGCCACCUAUGUGAUCUUUAUGAAGUUCAACAGCAAUGUUGAGGGCUUUGUGAAAGGCUGCAUGAACAAGAAUCAAGUGGUGGAGGUGGAGGUUCAGCCGAAGGCUGUGAGUCCCGGGGCACCAGAGGAUGAGAGCAAGCUGUCGGCUAGGCCACGGCUCCAGAGAGGUGGCAGCUCAGCCUCCCUGCACAACAGCCUGAUGAGAAACAGCAUCUUUCAGCUUAUGAUCCACACACUGGACCCACUCAGUGAAGAAUUUGCUGAUUCUGGGAAAUUCAGAGAGAAGGCAUCCAUCCUUCACAAGAUUGCCAAAAAGAAAUGCCAAGUAGAGGACAGCGAGAAAGCCAAUGGAGUAGCCAGCCGGUCAGAUAAGAAUCUUCCAAACAGCUCAAAUGUCGAGGUGGAAGUCACACCACCAAUGAAUGGCACUGCUGGACAAGAAGGGGAAGCUGCGGCUGAGGAUGAGGAGGAUGAGGACCAGCCUCUGAGCCUGUCCUGGCCAGACACCAUGCGCAAGCGUUUCACCUACCUCUUAAUCAUGCCCAUCAUCUUCCCUCUGUGGCUAACACUGCCCGAUGUCAGGAAACCAACUGCAAAGAAGUUCUUUCCCAUCUCAUUUCUGGGCUCUAUAUGUUGGAUUGCUGGAUUCUCCUACUUAAUGGUGUGGUGGGCUCACCAGGUUGGAGAGACCAUUGGGAUUACAGAAGAGAUCAUGGGCUUGACUAUAUUAGCAGCUGGUACCUCCAUUCCUGACCUAAUCACCAGUGUCAUUGUUGCACGGAAGGGGCUGGGAGACAUGGCUGUGUCCAGCUCUGUGGGCUCCAACAUCUUUGACAUCACUGUUGGCCUGCCGUUCCCAUGGCUCCUCUGGUCCAUCAUCAACAACAUGCAGCCUGUGGCGGUGAGUUCUAACGGGCUGUUCUGCGCCAUUGUGCUGCUGUUCCUCAUGCUCAUCUUUGUCAUUAUCUCAAUUGCUGCCUGCAAGUGGCGGAUGAGCAAGCUGCUGGGCUUCAUCAUGUUCGUGCUCUACUUAGUGUUCCUGGUGGUCAGCGUUAUGCUGGAAGACAAAAUCAUCGCCUGCCCUAUAUCCAUUUGAAAAUCCUCUCCCUCCACUCCUGCCAGAAAGCAUUCACCCCUAACACAAGAUUCAAGAAGCAUGGGGAUGGGAUGGAGGAAAGACUCCUACAAGAAUGAGGCCGCAAGAUAUGGCUCAGCGGAUUCAUUGGUCGGAAGUAGAUAAAAAAAAAAAAAAAUUUUAAUUGUGCGUGUAGAUGGCUGGGGGUUUACA